AUGGCGAACAACAGCUCGGUGGCAGGGAUCCGUGACAAUACUUCACUUCUCUGCGGGAAAGACCCAGCCUAUUACACAAACACCAUCGGUAUUGUGGUGGACUGGGUGAUAUUCCUUGUAGGACUACCUGAAGUCAGCCUGGCCUGCUACGCUCUCCUGUGUCUCCUCAAGAAGGACAGAGUAGCUCCGAUCUUCACCAUAAACCUGCUCUUGUCAGACCUCAUUCAAAUCCUGAUCACGGUUGUCUUUAUCGUGAGCAGGUUUUUUGACGCCACCUUCUACCCCUUCGUCAGGGCCCGCUGCGUCGCACGACUGUUUGUCCACUUGGGUAUGAUCUCCAGUUUGGGCUUCAUGCUGCUGAUUUCUGCCGAGAGGUAUGUAAUGGUGGGCCGUCCAGUGUGGUACCACACAAAGAACAGGACAAAAUUAGCCAUCCUGAUUUCAAUUUGCAUGUGGAUCCUUUCAGUGGUCUACUCCACUUUGGAUUAUGUCUUCAUGAUCCACACCAGAUUCUCCUCGUUGAUGUUCUCCAUCAUCUGCCUCCUCCCUGGCCCAUUUCUCCUGGGUCUCCUCAUAGCCACGUGGAGAGCCAUCAGCAAGAGCAUGGCCAUGAGACAUGAAAUAAGGAACAGGAGGAGAGUUUUGGGGGUUCUGAGUCUGGUGUUUGGGACAUACACAGUUUUGUUUUUGCCCUUCAGUUUCAGGACCCUCUACUAUUCUAUCAAAGGCGACAACGCAUCAGAAGCAGAAACCUCAGUCAGGGAUUUAUGCAAUGUUUUGACCACUGCCCUGGUCUAUCUUAGCCCUUUGAUUGACUCCUUAAUCUACAUUUUCAUUAGAAGGGACACAGGGGAAGCAUUUACCUGCUGCAAAAUGCGUCUGACGAAGCUGAAAGUGUUUCAAGAGAGGCUAACAGACACUUCCAGGUAG